AUGUUUGGACAGAUCCGUACCAGGCGGCGGAAGGGUUUGGAUCUUAUAGGGGAGUACGAUAGUGAUGAUGAUGAUGGUCCCUCGAGUGGUGAGGAGGAAGAGGAAGACGGCUUCACGAUGGACACUAGCCCAGAGGACCAUGACCAGGAGCUUCUUGAGA